UAAAGGUUUAAUGGUAUCGCUUUGGAUUACAACCAGCAAAGCACCACAUAGGUACAGUGAAAUAACGGUGUACUCUUCUGCUAAACUUCACGUUUUUAUCUGCUGGAGUGGGAUGACGAGCUGAAUCAAUCACACACUGUUUAUUGAACGACGCAUAUUUUUCUCUUUGAUUGGACAACCACAGUCACAAUUCUGAAGCAGAGAUGUCGCAUCAUGACAAAAGCAAGAGGGAGCAUAGUCCCCCUGAUAGUCGUCCCAACAUGAGUGAUCUGAGGAUUGUCCUGCUGGGGAAGAGUAUUGAAGAAAACCGCAGAGUUGUAAACUUAAUCUUAAAUAAAGAAGCAUUUGAAAGGAAAGCGCCUUCAUCUACUGUAGAGGAGUUCAGUGAAAGAGUAGAGGGCAGAAACAUCACAGUCAUCAGCACAUCUCACCUGCUCAACCCAAAACUCAAUUUACAAGCAAUCAUACAGAAAGCAUCAGCACUGUCUUCUCCAGAACCUGAUGUGAUCAUACUGGUGCUGCAGCACAGGGAUUUCAGUAAGGAGCAGAGAGAUCGAUUACCUUCAGUGUUGAACUGCUUUGGUGAGCAGGCAAUGAAGCGCACACUAAUCCUGACUACUGAUGAUGAGCCAGGUCAAGCUGGACUGAGAUCUGCACAAGAAAAUAAGUUAUUUCAGGAAAUAUCUACAGAAUGUGGAGGAGGACAUCUGCAGCUUCACAACACACGGCAUUCUUCAUUUAUUAAAAAAAUUGAGGAAAUGAUUUCUGGACAACAGUACUCAUCGCUGGACAGCAGAGCAGCAGAUUCUGAUGACAGACAGUUGGUAAAAAAGGAAGGCCAUGAAUCAAGGAAAACUGAAAGUGGCUGUCAGGAAUUUGACGGUAAUUCCCACAGUUGCUUCCAACUACCAACAAGAGAGAGAGCUCUGAGGAUUGUUCUUCUGGGAAAGAAUAUUUCAGAAAACAGCCGAGUCAGAAACUCAAUCCUGGGAAUAGAUGUGAAUGAGAGUGUUCAAUUUAUAUAUUUAAAGCAGCACAAUGUGCUGAAAAUAAGUGGAGUGGUGAAUGACAGACAUGUGGCGGUCAUUAACACUCUUCAUCUGCUGAAUCCAGACACUUCAGUUCAUCAGAUCACACAGACAGUCAAAGAGUGUGUAGAAAUGUCUGAUCCAGGACCUCAUGUGUUUAUACUCGUACUACAGUAUAAAGACUUCACAGAGGACGACAUGACAAGAGUUAAACAUGUGCUCAACACAUUCAGUGAAGAUGCACUUAAACACACCAUCAUCAUCACCACUGAUAAAGAGACACACCACUCACACAUGAACACAGCUAUUUCCCAGAUAAUAAAUGUGUGCAGAGGAAGACAUUUGCUGCUUAAAGAGAGAAAACCAGAUUGGCCUGCUGAGAUCUUGAAUAGAGUUGAUAUGAUGCUGAAAGAUACCGAAGAUUACUAUGUCACUUGUGAGGUAUAUGAAGAUGCUAAAGAAGUGUCUGAGGAAGAAGAGCAGAGCAGAUCUUUGCGUUCAUCCAGAUCAGAAGUAAACAAACAUCUUUCUUAUCAUGAUAAUGAUGGAAAUCCCAAACAGAGCAAGAGAAAUGAAGGAACGUUAGUUGAUAUACGAGAGUGGAUUCGCACCAGCUGUAAGUAUAUUAAACUAUUAAGAGCAAUGCCAAAAUAUAGCUCUGGAAAACAGAAGCUGAAUCUGGUGCUGUGUGGAAGUGAUGGAGAACUUAAAGUCUCAGUGUCCAAACUUUUACGAGGAAAACCGAUCAGUACACCACACCAGAGAGUAAGCAGUGAAGAGUUUUUUAAGAAAGAGAAGGUUCAUGGUCAUCAUAUCAGUCUGCUGGAGCUUCCAGCUCUCAGUCGUCUCUCAGAAGAUGAAGUGAUGCGUCAGACUCUCCGCUGUGUGUCUCUUUGUCAUCCUGGAGUUCAUGCUUUCCUCCUCAUUAUUCCUGUUGGAUCACUGACUGAUAGAGACAAAUUGGAAGUAGAAAAGGUUUUGAAUAUAUUUGACACCAAGCAACAUAUCAUAGUGAUAUUUAUCAAUGAUGGCACAAGUAAAAGUCCAGUGAGAGACUUCAUAAAAUCCAGGCCAGAAUGUCAAAAGUUGAUCAGUCAUUGUGGAGGUCUGUACUGUGUCAUGGGUCUAAAAGAACCUGCAAGCUCAAAACAGAUCCCACACCUGCUAGAGUAUAUAGAGAAGACGAAGAUUCAACCAUAUUCACCUCAGAUGUUUGUAAAAGCUCAGAAAAACAGAGGCAGACGUGAAGCAGAGGAGAAAUAUCAAGAAGAACUGAAGAGACUGGAGAAUAAAAUCAAAGAGCUUCAAGAGAAGGGUCAGACAGAAGGUGCUGAUUGUACAGAAGAUCUGCAGUGUCUCAGGAUUGUGUUGAUUGGAAGAACAGGAAGUGGAAAGAGUGCAACAGGAAACACUAUUCUUGGAAGAGAGGAAUUUUGCAGCCAGUUAAGGCCAGAUUCAGUGACGAAUGUCUGUGAGAAAGGAGUUGGAGAAGUUGAUGGUCGAUCAGUAGCUGUUGUUGAUACUCCAGGACUCUUCGACACAACACUGACAAAUGAUCAAGUGGUGGAAGAAAUAGUGAAAUGUGUUUCACUGUCAGCUCCUGGACCUCAUGUGUUUAUCAUUGUGGUGAGUGUGGGAAGAUUCACCAAAGAGGAGACAGACACUAUUGAUCUGAUCAAGAAGAUAUUUGGUCAAAAAGCUGCUCAGUUCAGCAUCGUUCUGUUCACCAGAGGAGAUGAACUUAAAGAUCAAUCUAUAGAGGAUUUUGUGAGGAAAGGACACAAUGCAGAACUGAAGAAACUGAUCAGAGAUUGUGGGAACAGACUUCUGGCUUUCAAUAACAGAGAAAAACAAGACAAAACUCAAGUGAUGAAGCUGUUAAAGAUGAUAGAAGAGGUGAAGAGUAAUAAUCAGGGUCAAUACUUCACUAAUGACAUGUUUGAGGAGGCAGAGAUGUCCAUUAAGAAGAAAAUGGAGGAAAUUAUGAAGGAGAGAGAGACAGAGAUUCAGAAACAGAGAGAAGAGUUACAAGACAAAUAUGAGAUGGAGAUGAAGAGACUCGAAGAAGAGAAACAAAGAGCAGAAGAGGAGAGAAGGAAAAUUGAGAAUCAACUGAAGCUGAAAGAGGAAAAACUCAGAAAAGAGUUUGAAGAGAAGGAGAAAACAGAACAGAAGAAACGAGAGAUUGAAAACCAGAAACGGUCAGAAGAGGAAAAACAGCAGAGAGCUGAAUAUGAUCAGAUAAUAGAAGAAAUGAAGAGAGAGAAAGAAAAUCAGAGAUCACAGUAUGAACAACAGCAGAAAGAAAGAGAAGAACAAGACAGAAAGAGAGAAGAGAAAUACAGACAAGACCAAGACAAGAUGAGAAAUGAUCAAGAGAGAAUUAUAGCAGAGGUACAGAGAAAACAAGAGGAGGAAAUAAAGAAGAAAGAAUAUGAUAAUCAAAAGAGGAACAAGGAAGAAGAGGAGGAAAGACAGAGGUGGGAAAGAAGAACAAAAGAAGCUGAAAAUGACAGAAAAGAGAUUCUGGAGGAAAUUAAACGACAGCAGAGAGAAUGGGAGGAUGAGAAGAAACAAAGGUUGAGAGAACGAGAGGAAGAAGAAAGAAAAAGAAAAGAGAAACACGAAGAACAACUGAGAGAAAAACAAGAAGAACUGGAGAAAAUGAGAAAGAGAUUUGAAGGAGAAAGAGAAGAAGAACGACAGAAGAUGGAGGAGGAGAGACUGAAACAGAGAAGAGAAAGAGAAGAAAAGGAGAGAGAAUAUGAGGAAAAGAGACAGGAGACAAAGAGACAUUAUGAACGACUGGAACGAGAGAGAAAAGAGGAGUGGGAGAGAAGAAAACAUGAAGAUGAAGAGAGACGAGAAGACGAGAGAAAGAGAUGGAAGAAAAUGAUUGAAGAUCUGAAACAAGAGCAAGAAGAGGAGAAAGGUAGACGAGAAGCAGAGGAGAAAGACAGGCAAAAGAGAGAAGAGAAAGAGAGAGAUGAAAUGAAACAGAAACAUGAAGAGGAAAUAAAACAGAUAAAGAAGAAACAUGAAGUUGAGGCCAGAAGACAAGCAGAAGAACUGAAUAGUUUCAGAGAGAAAAAAGAGCAGCACAUUCAGGAGCUCAAAGAGAUGCUGGAGGAACAACAGAAACAACAUCAAAUACUGGAGAAACUUUACCAACACCUGCAAGACAAGAAAGAAGAGGACUUACUACGAGAAGUUGAAAGAAUGAAGAAUAAAUCCACCUGUAACAUUCUGUGAUGGUCACCUUUCCUGUUUAUAACUACUGCUUUCUAUUAGUAAUGUUAAAGGGCUUCUAUUUUAUCCUUUUACAAGAUGCAAGAUCAGUUUUUUGUGUCUCCACAAUGAGUCUGUAAAGUUUCAGCUUAAAAUACCCAUCAGAUUAAUUCAUAUACAAGAAGAAUCUGCCCAAUUUGACCUCAGUGCAAAGUGUAGCAAUUUUUAUAGCUUGUACCUUUAAAUGCAAAUGAGCUGGUUCUCCCCACUCACUGUUACCACAUAUGUGCCUGCUUCUCCUGCUGCAUGACAUAAACAGCAGUCAGUGACAGUUCCAUGGUCACCAGCGAUCCCGCAUAGGCAGAUUGCUGGUGAACACAGAGAUCACAGAGAACUACAAAUCUGCCAUUUUAUGGACUACAGUUCCAGUCAUGCACCAC